GCUGAGUGAUCAUAAAUGGUUGGCUAGCUGGAACAGCCUUCAGGUUAUACAGGGAACAAAGGUCAUUAGCUGUGCUGGCUACGCAUGAGGAACACGUACAAGCGUUCACCUCAAUUUGUCUGUAAGUACAGUAAAGUCUUAUAUUUUCAGAGCAGGAUGAUGCAAAGGAGCCAUAAAACUCUCUUCCUGCUGUGGCUGACUGCAGGUGUUGGAACCAUGAUGGGAACUACAACUGAGGUCAUGGAAAAACAGGUGGUCAAAAACCUAACAAACAAGCUUUUACAACUCAUCCCUUAUAAUGACAACAAUGACAACAUAACCACGUUGGUGGCUGAUGGGAAUCUGAUUACUCUGAAUGUGACAGACCAACGUGCCCUAGCUAGUUAUCCUACACUGGAAGAACUCCACUUGGACAGUAACCGGAUCAUGACUGUACCAGCCAAGUACUUCUCUGGACUAAAACACCUCAGAGUGCUGUCUCUUGCUCGAAACAAUAUCAGCAGGCUGGACCACGAGGCUUUCUCUGAACUGGUUUUCUUAAAAGAGCUGGACCUAUCCCACAAUGAGCUGACAAACCUCCCCACACAGCUCCUCACAGGGCUAACAAACCUGCAGAUACUGAACCUUCAGGACAACCCAUGGAACUGUUCUUGUCCUCUGCAGAACACUCUUAUCAGCAUGAGAUCAGCUUUUAUUACGUUUGGGGGUCCACAAGUUAUCUGUGCAUCUCCAGAUGAGAGAAGGGGCAGCAAUCUUCUGGAGGAUACAGCUCUGUGUCCCACAUCACCACGCACCGAACCACGAACACCAACAUCAGUCUGUAGACAACAGCCUCAGAGUUUAACCAUCACGCUGAAAACCACACGGUCAUCAAGUCAGAACAACAGCGAGAGCACAGACCAGUCUCCUAUGCUCGGAAACACCUGGAAGUUCACAGCAUGUGUGGCAGCCUUGGCUCUAAUCACCUCCAUGCUCAUCGUAUCAGCCGUCAAGGGACCUUCCUGGUACAAACGCUUUCACAAUUACAGACACCGACGGCUGUACCAUGAAGAGGACUGGGAUGGGGAGGACUUCGUGUCAACGGCCUUCCAACAGACGGAAGGGCACCUGACCCAUGAGACAGUCACUUUUGAGGUCCAGCAUUGGCAGACAAAGGAGGAGGAAGAGGAGGAUGGGUACUUUGAGGAUUCAUACAUCCAACAAGAAGAGGAACAAGAGGGAAAGGAGAUUCAAGUGGGACCAUGAAGAAGCUAAUGAUAAGUAAAAUACGACUGAGAAACUGGGGAAUGUGUGGUAACUAACUAGGCUGGAUCAUUCAAUAGCACAAUAUUACAGUUUCUGCCCUCCAACACCACCAUGGAGGUGAUUUUCUUGUCCCUGUGUGGCGUAAAGGCAUGGUCCUCACAGCAAUGAUGGAAACACGCUCAAACAUGCAGCAUUGUACCGACAUGCAGGGAAAAGGAGGAAUCUGUGCAUGGAUUUAGACUAGACCGAUACCAGUUUAAUGUGUUUGAAACAAGUUUAUUUAGAACUACACAAGGACCCGUUAAGACGACACUAAAACAACACGGCACAGUUUUCGAUGGCUUUUCAGAGGUGACAGAAUCAACACAUCUGUUCUUAAGUCUUACUAAACAGCUUUUUAAGAGGACUGUGGCAUUCAUGAAAAUCAUAUAUCGGUUUAGUCUUAGCUAAGAAGAAAAUCCUCGAAACACUCAAGAAUACUAUUUCAAAUAUUUGAGUGCUGACAUGUUUAAACAAAGUCAGUGUUUGUGUUGUUUUCUGUUGU